ACCAAAUUUUCUGCGAUCAUCUAAAUUUAAGCAUCUCCUCCACACCAUGGGUCGACGAAGAAAGAACAAGACACAUUUGAAGGGCGUCACUACCGAGUCUGCGUCCUCGCAGGCAGGUGUACCGAAGUCUUUUGUUAUCAAGCAUGGCCAAGUGGGAGCAUCCAUUGCUCAACUCGUACGGGAUAUACGAAAAGUUAUGGAACCUAAUACUGCCAGUCGUCUGAGGGAGAGAAAUAGAAAUAAGCUCAAAGAUUACUUGACUCUCGCACCUGCACUUCAAGUCACACAUUUACUUGCAUUUACUUUGACACCCGUCGCGCCGUCGUUGCGGAUAGUCCGUCUUUCCUCUGGCCCGACUCUCAGCUUUCGAGUGGAGAGAUACAGUCUUAUGAAAGAUAUUUUGAAUACGUCCAAGAAGGCUCGGAGUAUCGGCAUGGAAUACCUCAGUCCACCUCUGCUUGUUCUAGCAUCAUUUCCUCCUCCAUCUCCUACAACUCCCCCUCAUCUACCCCUUGUCAUGAAGGCGUUCCAAUCCCUCUUUCCUCCUCUCUCACCAAAAACGAUAGCACUCUCUUCUGCUCGGCGAGUCGUCCUAGUAUCUUACAACGCCGAUCGUGGUACCGUCGACUUUAGACACUACCUAAUAACCGUGAAACCUUACGGCGUAUCCAAACGUGUCCGUCGUGUUCUCGAAGGCGCAAACAAAGGCUCGACAUCUCACGGAUUCUUGGACCUCGGGAACGAGAAAGACGUCGCAGAUUUCCUUCUUCGUAAACGAGGCGAACCCGGUCCUGAUGGGUAUGAAAGUGCUUCUUCUGCGGAGAGUGUUGCUGGCGAUGAAGACGCUGUCGAUCUUGCAGACGAUUAUGUCGGGAAGAAUAAUAAAAAGGGAUCGAGGCGUGCUGUGAGACUCGAUGAGGUUGGUCCCAGGCUGGAGCUGAGGCUGGUGAAAAUCACGGAAGGUGUUCCUGGAAAGGAGGGUGGUGUGAUAUACCACGAAUUCGUGAAAAAAUCGAAGAAGGAAGUAGCUAAUCUGAAGGAGGCACACGCAGCGAAAGAGAGGCUACGAAGGGAGCGAAGGGAGGAGCAAGAGAGGAAUGUAGCACGGAAAAAGGCGGCAAAAACUGGGGGUGCAGAGGAAGAUGACGAGGACGAGGACAAUGUUGAUGCAGACAGCGAUGACGACGAACACGACGAAGGGCACUGGGAUGAUGAGGAAGAGAUUAGUGAGGGCGAUGAAAGUGAACAGGAGGAGGCAGAGGAAAGUAGUGAAGAUGAACAGGGACCAAGGCCCCCAAAGAAGAAAGCGAAGCUCCGUAGCAAGCGAUAAUUGCUGUUCUUAUGUGAUAUAUACACUGCGUUCAAGCAUCGGAGAU